AUGGCUGCCGCGGCGGACUCUGGCGGCGACGGCGGCACCAGCAGCGGGGAGAAGACGAUCGUGCUCGUCAGCUCAGACAACAGCGUGCGCUUCGAGGUGAGGGAGGCGGCGGCGUUGCUGUCGCAGACCGUGCGCCGCAUGAUCGACGAGGCCGGAGCCGACGCUAGCGGCGACGGUAUCACACUCCCCGACGUCGACGCAAAGACCCUCGCCAAGGUGCUCGAGUACUGCAAUAAGCACGCCCCCGCGAGCUCGAGCUCUUCCGCGGCGGAGGCCGCUCCGCCGGCCGAGGGCGAGGACCUAGAGCGCUUCGACAGGGAGUUCGUGCUGGUCGACAUGGGCACGCUCUACUCGCUCGUCACGGCCGCUAGUUACCUCAAGAUCGAGGGCCUGCUGAACCUCAUCUGCCAGACCAUCGCCGACAUGAUCAAGGGCAAGACGCCGGAGCAGAUAAGAAAGACGCUCGGGAUCACGAGCGAAUUCACGCCCGAGGAGGAGGACGAGGUGCGCCGCGAGAAUGCCUGGGACUUCUAG